AUGCUAGAUAAUAAAUCGCCGAGAUCCAAGCUGGGUCCUGCGUCCAGAGGUUGCUCAUUUUACAUUGAGAAUUUGCUGGGGACUGCAUACAGAGCGGCUUCGUCCGAGGAGAGGGUGGAGACCGAGAGAUUGAAAGUAACCGACCGCAGCCCGGUGAUCUGUCCGGGACUGGAAACUAAACGUCUGGAUGAGAGAGGAGUGUUAACCGGCUGCGGGACAUCACCAAACACAGCGUACGGCAGCUCAAGAAGUCCAUCGCACAAGGACGAACACACAGACGCUGUGCCAACAAGCGACCGGGAUUCCCCAACUUUAACAGGGCGGGAGGAGAGCGAGGAGCCGGGGGAGAAGGGGGACUACAGUUUGACGGAUGAAAGAGAGGAGGACGAUGCGCGAUCCUCCUGCUUCUCCCGAGAAGACAGCUGUGAUACAGGUGACCAAAAAGUGCCACGAAAGAAGAAGACCCGCACCGUGUUCAGCCGGUGUCAGGUUUUCCAGCUCGAGUCCACUUUCGACCUGAAGCGCUACCUGAGCAGCUCGGAGCGAGCCGGGCUAGCCGUCUCGCUGCAGCUCACCGAGACCCAGGUGAAGAUCUGGUUCCAGAACCGCAGGAACAAGUGGAAGAGGCUGAUAGCAGCCGACAUGGAGGCUAGCAGUGCCGCCCUCCCCUACGCCGGCCAGAGGAUCGUCAGAGUUCCCGUGUUGUAUCGCGAGACGCCACGGAUGGUCGGCUUCUCCAAUUCUAUCCACUAUCCAUUGACUUCCCACUUCAGCCAUCCGGUGUCGUUCCUAACAACGCAGAUGACAGGACUGAGGUGACUUUAAGAAAGAGACGGAGAAGACUUUUGACUCUUUUGGGCCCAAUGUUUCUGCAAAAGUAUUAAUUUUGGUUCAGUUUCUGAUCCUGUUGAGUUAGAUGAUCAAUUUAUGCAUUCCAAUUUAUUUAUAACAAAUGCUACUGCUAAACAAGUACCUUUGGAAUAUAAAGUGUAGGGACAAUAAUUGAGGUUUAAAGGUGCCCACAAUCAUGUAUUUUAUAGAGGACAUCUCACACCAGGUUCAUAGGUUUUAUGUAUUGCUCUAUUUUUAUUAUUUUUCACAGAAAUUGUA